GACUGAACGCUUUACCACACUUUUUGUAACUUCUCACCGCUGCUAAGACCCAUUCGGAACAUGAACGACGACGCCAUUUGUAGACGAGUCGGUUUCAAGGUACCCUAAGAAUCCAUACUCCAUUUCCAAUCGUCUUGUGAGCCGACAAGUAGGAGUUUCAGUUAAGCAGACCAUCCUUUUGAGGGAGUAGUGGAUGGGUUGGAGGCGGCAUGUAUUAAAACGAAGUGAGGCCACCAGCCGCCAGGGAAUUCUCGCCAAUUGCUGCAAUCUCUCGUCAGGAACUGUCAUUGGGUGGAUUCACUGGCUGCACCGCUAACAUACGCCCAUUGUGCAGAUUUCAAAAGCUACACGUUUUGACAGGAUAUCGAUCUGCAGCGGUCGGGUGGAGCUCGAGGUCCACUAACCGCUGCUACACAUCUCAACAUUGUCACGAUAGGAUCAUCAGGAAGGAUGGGAGUCAACGGUGCCUACGUUUUGCUGGGAUGCGUUUUCGGGUUAUUACUUCUCGCUCUUUCAACUGCAAAUGCUUACGACUAUGGUGACGCAUUGGACAAAGCUGUAAAAUAUUUUGAAGCUCAAAGAUCUGGAAGACUGCCACCCGGUCAUCGCGUCUCGUGGCGCGGCGAUUCCGGCCUUCACGAUGGGCAACAGGAAGGACUGGACCUCUCUGGGGGCUAUUACGACGCGGGAGACAAUGUGAAGUUCGGUCUGCCGAUGGCCUAUACUAUCACGAUGCUCUCAUGGAGCGUAAUUGAAUACAAACACCAGCUGCAAGCUUCUCGACAGCUUGACUAUGCCCUUGAGGCGAUCAAAUGGGGCACCGAUUACUUCAUUAAAGCGCACCCGGAACCAAACGUCUUGUGGGGCGAAGUCGGUGACGGCGACAGCGAUCACGACUGCUGGAUGCGGCCGGAGGACAUGACCACCUCACGCAAGGCGUAUAAAAUUGACUCAAACAACCCGGGGUCUGACCUCGCUGGGGAAACAUCCGCUGCUAUGGCCGCCGCAUCCAUCGUUUUCAAGCAAUCUGAUCCGGAGUAUUCAGCUACCCUCCUCCGACACGCCAGAGAGCUCUUUACUUUCGCUGACACUUACCGGGGGACUUAUGACAACAGCAUUCCUGUCGCAAAAAAGUACUACAAGUCGUGGAGCGGUUUCAAUGAUGAGCUAUUGUGGGCAGCCGAAUGGUUAUACGACGCCACAGGAGAUGCUCAGUUUUUGGAGUAUUUUGGUGGCGUUAACGCCGCAAACCUGGGUGGAACGGGCUGGGCGCUGAAUCAGUUCAGCUGGGACAACAAGUACGUUGGUGUGCAGCUGAAAGCUACGAAGCUUUUACUCGAUGGGAGGGUUGACCGUGCCUACAUUCCCACUCUCCAGCUGUACAAGAGUAAGGUCGAGUACUUCCUCUGCGCCGCGCUCCAGAAGAACGCCGGAGAACAGAUCACGAAGUCUCCAGGUGGUAUGUUCUGGAUCCAGACCUGGAAUAACAUGCAAUAUGUCACAAGCGCAGCGUUUCUCCUCACUGUGGCAUCCGAUUACUACGAAGCUGCACAUGCCACCCUCAGUCAUUGCACAUCGCCCGUGACGAACUCAGAGCUACUUGCGGCGGGAAAAGAACAGGUGGAUUACAUUUUGGGCAACAACAACCGAGGCCAAAGCUACAUGAUCGGGUUUGGAAACUCAUAUCCCCAGCGAGUUCACCAUCGCGCAGCAUCGAUACCCGAACCUGUGGCGUGCAAAGAAGGGUUCGACCGAUUCUACUUCACCCAAAACAACAACCCUCAUGUCAUCGAGGGUGCAAUCACUGGCGGACCCGACGCCAACGAUAACUACAACGAUCAGCGUAACCAGUAUGCCAUGUCUGAGCCUGUUCUUUACAAUACUGCGCCUCUGGUCGGUACCUUAGCUCGCUUGAGUCAAGGCAGAGAUAUCGCCGUAAACACUAUGGCAAGCGCGGCAUUCGGAAGCGGACUUAACCAGGAUGUCGUCGCAAUCAGGGGCUCUCACGAGAGCCGGCGAACGAGGAGACGGCCGAACAGGAAGCGCGGCCAAAGCAAUGACUGCAUCAGCAUAACUCAAUCGCUCAUCGACAAGUGGACCGCGGGACGUCAUGUGUACUUCAAAAGUGCGGGGAAGAUCACAAACAACUGCAAGACGCGGAUAACGGGAUCGAAGUUCGUGGUGCGGAAUCUGUAUGGGACUCUGUGGGGGCUGCACAGGGAGAGUGAGAACGGCAACAUGUACACUCUGCCGGACACGAAGGGGACACUGGAGGUGGGCGAGAGCAUCUACUAUUCGUACAUUCAGAAGCGCCCCUUCAAGGCCAGAAUUGUAGUCCUGGCGGCGUGUCCUACGUGCGCAGCGCAGCAUUGAGAGCUGCAAUGCGGCAUUCAUGCUCCGUGUCGGUGCUGCCCCGCAGCGAGCGAGAGAGAGGGAUGAGCGAGUGAGGGAGAGAGCGCGCUUUUGGAUGAUGCCCCCAUACCCGCGGGUCUUCCGUGCCCCCCUUCACCUUUGCUUUAGGGCAUACGUGGACCGUCCCACACGAAACGGGCUUUGCCCCCACAUUGCCCAAAUCCAUUUUCCACCUUUUUUUUUUUUUUUUUUUUUUUUUUUAAAUCUAGAUCCUUUGUAUCAUACACUAAAUAUUUUGCUAUUUAAUUCGCACUGAUUCUUCUUCUUCUUCUUCUU